AAACGUUUGCAGACAAACGGUCACACUUAAAUGCGUUUGCAUUGACAUUGGCUUGAUUUUCAAUAAAUAUUUUUUAACUUGUAUACAAGAAAAUGUCGAAAGCACAUCCUCCAGAGCUGAAAAAGUACAUGGACAAGCGCAUGAUGCUUAAGCUAAAUGGCGGCCGCGCUGUCACCGGCAUUCUGCGAGGCUUCGAUCCAUUCAUGAACGUUGUACUCGAUGAUACUGUGGAGGAGUGCAAGGAUAACACGAAAAACAGCAUUGGCAUGGUCGUCAUUCGCGGUAACAGCAUUGUCAUGGUCGAGGCUUUGGAUAGAGUCUGAUAUCCAAUCUCUAGCGCAAUUUUAUCCACUUUGGAUAAUAUGCAAACCUUAAUAAAGAAGUAUCCGUCGGAUAAUAAGUUAAAUGUAAACUAUUUAACACACAGACUAGUCCUAAGGUUCUAAAACAAAAACAUUCAUACAUUUUAAAUAAAUUUACUGUAAACAAA